CUGAACCCUCCUCGCCGGCGGUAACCAAUCUACACAUUGCCUAGAUGAUUCACACGGCUACUACUAAGCAGUCCGAAUGGAUGGACAACCUGAUCCAAAUACAGGCCGCUCAUAUGGAACGAAUGGAACAAAUAAUGAGCAGGCUCAUUAAGCCUAAUUCAUCUCCUGCUCGGCCUGCCCCUGCAUCGUUUCCGCUCGUACCUGCUCCGCCUGCUCCAGGAUUCGCCCCUCAGUAUCCCCAUCUAGCUAAUCCGGCAGGAAAGAUCGAGUGUUUCAACUACAAACAGCCCGAGCAUUUUGCCCGAGACUGUCCGCAGCCGAAACGUAAUCAGCCUCCCCCUGCUGCGGCCCCUGUCGCCCUUAAUCAAGGACGAGUGACCGCUCUGAUGGACACGGACCAGGGAGGAGAGCUCGUAGCGUAUGCUCCAGAACAACCUUCCUCUUCCGCGAUAAUAGCGUCGACCUCAGGAACUUCUUCCUCUGACGCUGCUGACAUGGUCGAUCCCCUCAAGUAUCUCCAUCUUGUCGGAAUGAUCGGAGCGAUGCGAUCGGCCCAAGAUGAUCUCGCGUGGGUCGAUCGCGAGUCCAAUCUUGGACCACAGUUUCCGACAGGAGAUAUUGAUGUAUUGAAAACGCUCAAGCAAUUAGAUAUUCUCCCUCUUAUCAAUCCUGGACAUUGGCGAUUGUGGCGCGAAACUUUUGAGGAGCUGUCCUUUUGCUUGGCCAGAGUACAAGUGAAGUGGACGGGCACUAUCGAGCACCCCACGUGGAUCGAGAAUCCUGAGCUGCUGAUCAUACAGGGUUGGAGGACUAACGCGGAAGGAGAUCUUAUUGGAUUCCUCUUUGGAUCGGUACGAACGGGGCGUCGUCAGUUGAUUGCACAGGAGCUCAUCGCACCGAUCGUGCAAUUGGCGGACGAUCUCUCGCCCGACAUCUACUUUCAGAGCGACAACAGUCCUGCUCCGUACAUUUUCGAGCGAUCCUUGGAUCCGUACGUUCAGUGGACUUCGUGCUUGGAGGAACCUAGGGACGAGGAUACCCUACCAUGGCGGCAGGAGUAUCUGAAGCCGUACGGGAUCAUCCCUCACGCCUUCUAUCCGAGGGCAGAGGAAGUGGUGAUCGACGACGACGACGAAGAAGAAGACAACGACGAGAAAACAUCGGAGGAGGGAAGCUAUAGUGAACAUAGCGAGGGCGAGCUGAGCGAAGGAGUAGAAGAGGAAGAAGAAACUGGAUCCGGGUGGGAAGCCCCGCCGAAGGAAGCGACGUGUACGGGAACGGGGGCGGAAGAUCCGGAAGCGGCACGAAAGCGCGAAGAGAUUGCCUCCGGAAAGCGCCAGCUGGAGUUCGCUAGCGAGGCUAGCCUGCGCAUCGGUAGCGAUCUGACCAGGGAUCCAGAGCCGCCGAGGCCCGAAGAUGGCGACCCUGCAGCCGCCACCUCAAGUACCGCGCAACGGAGACGGCGCCGAUCCCCCUCCUCCUCCAGCCCCACCCGUCCCCCAGUUCGCCCACGUACCAAUGCGGGCGAUAGGCCUUCGACCUCGGACACUGCCCCGCCGACCCCUUGAUUUUCUCACCCUCGAGCAGAUCCGUACCCUCGUCACCUUCCCUUCCCAUCCUUUCCAUCCCCAUCUCUUCCGCGA